GUAUUUUUAGUGGAGACAGGGUUUCACCAUGUUGGCCAGGCUGGUCUGAACUCCUGACCUCGUGAGCCACCGUGUCUGGCCCUGCCAGGCCCUUUCUACAGAGGGUCUUGUGACAUAUCUCUGCAUCAAUCACUUAGGAGAGUGACUCUCCAUUUUUGCCUGCACUCUGCCUACAGGAAAAAUUGUGACUUAUCACUAAACUCAGGUAAUAUGUCUCUCCUGCCUGGGCCUGGACCACAGAGAGCAUUGUUAUCCAUUGCUGGGCUCAGCACCCAGGUGAUGUGACUCUGCUGCCUGUGUCCUGCUUUCAGGGGAAGUUUGUAACAUAUUCCUGGCUAAAUAUUCAGGUGAUGUGAUACUCCUGUCUGGUCUCUGCCCUCAGAAAAGACUGUGACAUAUUCCUGGCCCAAAACCCAUGUGAUGCGACUCCUCUCUCCCUAUUCACAGGUGGGAUUGUGAAUUAUAGCUUGGCCCAGUUCGCAGGUGCAAUUAUGACUCUUCUACCUUCGACCAGCCAGUAAGAGAUGCUGCCUCUUAUAGCUAGGCUUAGGGUUAUGAGUAUUAUCCUGGGUCUCUUUCUUGUACAAAUGUCAUAGAGAAUUACUUUUUUUUUUUUUUUUUUUUGAGACGGAGUUUUGUUCAUGUUGCCCAGGCUGGAGUGUAGUGGUGCAAUCUCGGCUCACUGCAACCUCUGCCUCCUGGGUAAUUUUUAUAUUUUUAGUAGAGAUAGGAUUUUGCCAUGUUGGCCAGGAUGCUCUUGAACUCCUGACCUUAGGUGAUCCACCCACCUCAGCCUCCCAAGGUGUUGGGAUUACAGGCAUGAGCUACCAUGCCCAGCUGAGAAUUACUUUUUUUUUUUUUUUUGAGACAGGGUUUUGCCCUUGUUGCCCAGGCUGGAGUACAAUGGAGAGAUCUUGGCUCACUGCAACCUCCGCCUCCUGGGUUCAAGCGAUUCUCCUGCCUCAGUCUCCUGAGUAGCUGGGAUUACAGGCGUGUGCCACCACGCCUGGCUAAUUUUGUAUUUUGAGUAGAUACGGGGUUUCUCAGUGUUGGUCAGGCUAGUCUAGAACUCCUAACCUCAGGUAAUCUGCCCGCCUCAGCCUCCCAAAGUGCUGGGGUUACAGGCGCCAGCCACCGUGCCCAGCCAAAUUACCACUGUUUUGAAUACUAUAUAAAUCUGUCGUGGUACAGAGAGUGUCAUUAUAGAGUUCAGCAAGCAGGUGAGAUUGUGUUUCUUCUUUACCCACCCCACCAACCAUUAGAAUUGUCACCCUCACACAGUGAUGGAGCCCACUGGUGAGGUCCUGAAUCCCAUGCACAGACACAGUCCACAGUUAAAAUUGUGGCUGUUAUAUGUGAACAUUCUGCAGGAGUUUGAAUAAUGACUCAUUUCUAAAUCUAGUUCAUAGGUGAGAAUUUUUCAAUCUGAACCAAUGAGAAGUCUAUCUUCCUGAGGACAUGUUGACUCUCAUACCUGGGCUGAGGGCCAGAGCAAACGUAGCUCAGAAGAGAGACGGAGGCUCUUAUGCACAGGUUCAGUUCAUUGGUGAAAUUGUCACUAGCGUACUUAGACCCAACAUAGAGAACGUGGUGACUCUCAUACCUAGAACUGGGACCUGUACGGGAUUAAUUCAUCACUGGACCUUCCUGCAGGUGUGGUUGUGACAUUGGCCAGCACCUGAGUGAUUUCAGUUUCCUGUCUGGUCCCAGCCCAAAGGUAAAAUUGUAAUAUAUCACUGAUCCCAGCACCUAGGUGAUAUGACUCUCCUCUUUUUAUGGGACCCCACAAAUUUUGGGUAUUGUAAAAUAUUACUGAAUCCUGCACCCAUGUUAUGUGACUCUCCCACCUGUGCCCUACAUGUUGUGCCAUAUUAUGGCACAAUAUGUCACAUUAGAAAUUGUUACAUAUGGCCGGGGAUGGUGGCUUAUGCCUGUAAUCCCAGCACUCUGGGAGGCUGAGAUGAGCGGAUCACUUGAGGUCAGGAGUUCAAGACCAGCCUGGCCAACAUGGUGAAACCCCAUCUCUACUAAAACAGUACAAAAAUUAGCCGCCUGUGGUGGCGCAUGCCUGUAAUCCCAGCUACUUGGGAGGCUGAGGCAAGAGAAUCACUUGAAUCCGGGAGGCGAUGGUUGCAGUGAGCCAACAUCACACCACUGCACUCCAGCCUGGGCAACAGAGCAAGACUCUGUCUCAAAACAACAACAACAACAACAAAUUGUUACAUAUAAGGCGGGGCACAGUGGCCUCAGGCCUGUAAUGCCAUCAGUUUGGAAGGCUGAGGCGGGUACAUCACCUGAGGUCAGGAGUUCAAGACCAGUCUGAUCAAUAUGGUGAAACGUCUCUACUAAAAAUACAAAAAUUAGUCGGGCAUGGGGGUGUGCGCCUAUAGUCCCAGUGACUCGGGAGGCUGAGACAGGAGAAUUGCGGGACAUGGAGGUUGCAGAGCCAAGAUGCGCCACUGCACUCCAGCCUGGGAGACAGAGCAAGACUCUGUCUCAAAAAGUAAAAAUAAAAAUAAAGAAAUGGUUACAUAUUGUUGGGUCCAACACCCAGGGGAUGUAACACCUUUUCUCUGGACCCUGCCUACAUGGAGCUUUGUGACGUAACUCAAUGAUGCCCAUCACCAUGGUGAUGUUACUUUUUUUUUUUUUUUUUUUCGGAGACAGAGUCUCGCUCUGUUGCACAGGCUGGAGUGCAAUGGUGUGAUCUUGGCUCACUGCAACCUCUGCCUCCCAGGUUCAAGCGAUUCUUCUGCGUUAGCCUCCUGAGUAGUUGGGACUACAGGCAUGUGCCACCACACCCAGCUAAUUUUUGUAUUUUUAGUAGAGAUGGGGUUUCAGCAUGUUGGCCAGGCUGGUCUCGAACUCCUGGCCUCAAGUGAUCCACCCUCCUCAGCCUCCCAAAGUGUUGGGAUUAUAGGUGUGAGCCACCGCGCCCUACCAGUAAUGUUACUUUCUUCUCCUGCCUGGUCUCUGCUUACAGAGACCUAGCAUCAAGGUGAUGUGACUCUUAUUUUUCUUAGGCCCUUCAUAUUUGUGUAUUGUGACAUAUUGCUCAGCUGAACACCUAAAGGUUGGGAGUCUCCUACCUGGGCCCUUCCUAUAGGGAGCACUGUGACAUGUCCCUGCCUUCAUCAUCUAGGAGAUGUGACUCUCCUCUUCUGCCUGCACCCUGCCUACAGGGACAAUUGAGGCACAUUGCUGUGGCCAGCAACCAGAUGCUGUGUCUUUUCUGCAUGGGGUCUUUAUUACAGAAAUGAUGGUUGACAUGGCUGAGCCCAGCAUCCAGGUGAUGUGACAGUCUUCUUCUGUCUGGUCCCUGCAUACAGGAACAUUGUAGCAUAUUGCUACGCCCAGCACCUAGCUGAUGGGAUUUUUCCCUGGUUUUAGGUUUUGCCUGCAGCAGACAUUGUGAAAUAUUGCUAGGCCCUGCACUGACAUGUGAGUCUUCUGCCUAGGAUUUGGCCACUUGGGCCAUUGUGACAUAUUGCUGGGUCCAACAGCCAGGUGAUACAACUUUUAUGCCUGGACCCUGCCUAUGGGUGGCAUUUUGAAAUGUCUGUGCACCAGUCACACAGGUGAUUUGACUCUCUUGUCUUACCUGGCUUCUGCUCACAGGAAGUUUUGUGACAUUUUGCAGCACAUAGCUGAUUUGAUUUUUUUUUCCUUAGUUUUUCCUCCAGGGAAGAUUGUGAAAUAUUGGUGAACCCAGCACCAAAGUGGUGUUACUCUAUUUUUUUCUUAGCCCUGCUCACAUAAGACAUUGUGACAUGUUGCUGGGUUUUAUACCCAAGUCAUGUGAGUUUCCUGCCUGGACCAUGCUUACAGAAAACAUUUUAACACAUAUCUAAGCUCAUCAACUAUUUUAUAUGACUCUCCUCUUUUAUCUGGGCUUUGUCCAUAGAUCAGAUUGUAAUAUAUCUUUGAGCCUGGGUUGUGCUAACAGAAAAGAGAGUGACUUAUUGUUUGGCCCAGCACACAGGUGAUGUGAUUCUUAUGCUUGGUCCCUGUUUCAAGUGGUCAUUGUAACAUAACUCUGGGCCAAUCACCUAAAUAAUAGGUCUCUCCUUUUUAUUUCUGAAUCUGUCCACAGUAGGAAAUGUGAGAUAUCGCUUGGCCCAGCACUCAUGUGAUGUGACUCCUCUCACGCCUAGGCCCUGCCCACUGUAGUGAUUGUGCUACCAGCUCCUAUAUUAUCUGACUCUUGUCUUCUUCCCGAGCCCUGCAAACAGGUAGCACUAGGAAAUAUCCCUGGGCCUUUCACCUAGGUGAUGUGACUUUUCUGCCUGGACUCUCCUUAUCCAGGUAUUAUAACAUGUUGCUGGAUGCAGCAUUUAGGUAAUGUGACUUCUUCUCUACUGCUUGGACUCUGAACAAAAAAAAAGAUUUAGAUGUAUCACUGGGCCCAGCACCUACAUGAUGGGACUCUUCUCUUGUCCGGGCCCUGUAUACAUUUUUUUUUUUUUUUUUUUGAGAUGGAGUUUCACUCGUUGCCCAGGCUGGAGUUCAUUGGCACAAUCUCGGCUCAUCUCAACCUCUGCCUCCCAGGUUCAAGCAACUCUCCUGCCUCAGCCUCCCGAGUAGCUGGGAUUACAGGAUGCACCACCACACCCGGCUAAUUUUGUAUUUUUAGUACAGACAGGGUUUCUCCAUGUUGGGCAGGCUGGUCACAAGCUCCCGAUCUUAGGUGAUCUGCGCGCCUCAGCCUCCCAAAGUGCUGAGAUUACAGGCGUGAGCCACCGCGCCUGGCCCCUGCAUACAUAUUGUGACAUGUAGCUGGGUCUAUCACCAAGGAGUCUCCUACAUAAGCCCUGGCUAUGAGAGUAUUAUGACAUAUCUUUUCAUUCAUCACCUAGGUGAUAUGACUCUUCUUCAGCCUGCACCCUGCCAAAAGAGGAUUGUGAUGUAUCAUUGGACCCAGCACCUAGAUGAUGUAACUCUCAUCUUUUCCCUGGACCUUGCAUAUUUUGGGUGUGAUUGUGACACAUACCUCUGCUCAGAAUGUGAGCGAUUUGACUCUCCUGCCUGGGCCCAGUACACAGAUGGGAUUGUGACAUAUCGCUGGACCCAGUAUGUAGAUCGUGUGACCCUAUACUCUUGCCUUGGUGCUGUCACAGAGGGCAUUGUGACAUAUCACUGGUCCCUGCACCCAGGGACCAUUGACAUUUAUGGAUGUGGCCAUAGAAUUCUGUCUGGAGGAGUGGCAAUGCCUGGACACUGCACAGCAAAAUUUAUAUAGGAAUGUGAUGUUAGAGAACUACAGAAACCUGGUCUUCCUGGGUAUUGCUGUCUCUAAGCCAGACCUGAUCACCUGUCUGGAGCAAGAAAAAGAGACUUGGGAGCCUAUGAGGAGACAUGAAAUGGUAGCCAAACCCCCAGUUAUGUGUUCUCAUUUUACCCAAGACUUUUGGCCAGAGCAGCACAUAAAAGAUCCUUUCCAAAAAGUGACACUGAGAAGAUAUAAAAACUGUGAACAUAAAAAUGUACAUUUAAAAAAAGACUGUAAAAGUGUGGAUGAGUGUAAGGUGCACAGAGGAGGUUAUAAUGGAUUUAACCAAUGUUUGCCAGCUACCCAGAGCAAAAUAUUUCUAUUUGAUAAAUGUGUGAAAGCCUUUCAUAAAUUUUCAAAUUCAAACAGACAUAAGAUAAGCCAUACUGAAAAAAAACUUUUCAAAUGCAAACAAUGUGGCAAAUCAUUUUGCAUGCUUCCGCAUCUAGCUCAACAUAAAAUAAUUCAUACCAGAGUGAAUUUCUGCAAAUGUGAAAAAUAUGGAAAAGCUUUUAACUGCCCUUCAAUCAUCAAUAAACAUAAGAGAAUUAAUACUGGAGAGAAACCCUACACAUGUGAAGAAUGUGGCAAAGUCUUUAACUGGUCCUCAUGCCUUACUACACAUAAACAAAUUUAUACUGGAUACAAACUCUACAAACGUGAGGAAUGUGGCAAAGCUUUUAACAAGUCCUCAGUCCUUACUAUGCAUAAGAUAAUUCACACUGGAGAGAAAUUCUACAAAUCUAAAGAAUGUGCAAAAGCUUUUAACCAAUCCUCAAACCUUACUGAACAUAAGAAAAUUCAUCCUGGAGAGAAACCUUACAAAUGUGAAGAAUGUGGCAAAGCCUUUAACUGGCCCUCAACUCUUACUAAACAUAAGAGAAUUCAUACUGGAGAGAAACCCUACACAUGUGAAGAAUGUGGCAAAGCCUUUAACCAGUUCUCAAACCUUACUACACAUAAGAGAAUCCAUACUGCAGAGAAAUUCUAUAAAUGUACAGAAUGUGGUGAAGCUUUUAGCCGGUCCUCAAACCUUACUAAACAUAAGAAAAUUCAUACUGAGAAGAAACCCUACAAAUGUGAAGAAUGUGGCAAAGCUUUUAGGUGGUCCUCAAAGCUUACUGAACAUAAGUUAACUCAUACUGGAGAGAAACCCUACAAAUGUGAAGAAUGUGGCAAAGCCUUUAACUGGCCCUCAACCCUUACUAAACAUAAGAGAAUUCAUACUGGAGAGAAACCCUACAAAUGUGAAGUAUGUGGCAAAGCCUUUAACCAGUUCUCAAACCUUACUACACAUAAGAGAAUUCAUACUGCAGAGAAACCCUACAAAUGUGAAGAAUGUGGCAAAGCUUUUAGCCGGUCCUCAAACCUUACUAAACAUAAGAAAAUUCACAUUGAAAAGAAACCCUACAAAUGUGAAGAAUGUGGCAAAGCUUUUAAGUGGUCGUCAAAGCUUACUGAACAUAAGAUAACUCAUACUGGAGAGAAACCCUACAAAUGUGAAGAAUGUGGCAAAGCUUUUAACCAUUUCUCAAUCCUUACCAAACAUAAGAGGAUUCAUACUGGAGAGAAACCCUACAAGUGUGAAGAAUGUGGCAGAGCUUUUACCCAAUCCUCAAACCUUACUACACAUAAGAAAAUUCAUACUGGAGAGAAAUUCUACAAAUGUGAAGAAUGUGGCAAAGCUUUUACCCAAUCUUCAAACCUUACUACACAUAAAAAAAUUCAUACUGGAGGAAAACCCUACAAAUGUGAAGAAUGUGGCAAAGCUUUUAACCAGUUCUCAACUCUUACUAAACAUAAGAUAAUUCACACUGAGGAGAAACCCUACAAAUGUGAAAAAUGUGGCAAAGCCUUUAAGUGGUCCUCAACCCUUACUAAACAUAAGAUAAUUCAUACUGGAGAGAAACCCUACAAAUGUGAAGAAUGUGGCAAAGCUUUUAAACUGUCCUCAACCCUUUCUACACAUAAGAUUAUUCAUACUGGAGAGAAACCCUACAAAUGUGAAAAAUGUGGCAAAGCUUUUAACCGAUCCUCAAACCUUAUUGAACAUAAGAAAAUUCAUACUGGAGAGCAACCCUACAAAUGUGAAGAAUGUGGCAAAGCAUUUAACUAUUCCUCACACCUUAAUACACAUAAGAGAAUUCAUACUAAAGAGCAACCCUACAAAUGUAAAGAAUGUGGCAAAGCUUUCAACCAAUAUUCAAACCUUACUACACAUAACAAAAUUCAUACUGGAGAGAAACUACAAACCUGAAGAUGUGACAGUGAUUUUGACAACACCUCAAACUUUUUCAAACAUAAAAUAAACUAUACUGGUGAGAAAUUCUAGAAAUGUAAAGAAUGUGACAAAGGCUUUACAUGGUUGUCACACUUGAUUGUAGGUAAGAUAAUUUAUAUUGGAGUAAACUUCUACAAGUAUGAAGAAUGUGGCAAAACUUUUAAUUAAUGCUCAUACCUUAUUGCACAGGAAAGAAUUUUUACUUAGAAAAAGGUGUAUACACAAAGAAUGUGGAAAAGCCAUUAAUAUGUGCUCAUCUCUUACUCAACGUCAGAGAGUCUGUACUUAAUAAAACCAUUAUAGAUGCAACUAGUGUCAAAAGAUCUUUCAGAAAAUAGAAGCCUUUAAAGUGAAGAAGAUAAUUCAUUCUGAAUACAAACAUUACAAAUAUUAAGAGGGUUGUAGUACCAUUACUUGCAUCACAGAUCUUAUUGUACACAUUUUGUACUAAAGAAAACCCUGGAGCAGUUGCUCAAAUACUGUUCAACAUCAGAAAAUUUAUAUUGGAAAAAACCCCUGGAACAUGUAAUAAAUUUGUAAAAACAGUUUUGAAAAACUACAGCUUAUAAAACAUGAGGGUCUAUAAUACUUGGUUGAUAGUACAAAGUUUGUUCAACAUCAGGGAAUUUAUAUUGGAGAAAAACCCUACAAAUGUAAUCCGUUUGGAAAAACAUUUUUUAAAAAACCACAGCAUAGAAAACACCAGAGUGUUCAUACUAAAAUAUGUUUUUGCAGAUGCAGUAAAAAUGAAAAAAAUUUAAUCUGAAAUUAAGUUUAUGUAAAUAUCUGAGAAUUCACAGUAGAAAUAUCUAAGGCACGGACACUUCAGACAUUACACUAAAUCAGUGCUAAGUACAGAAAACAACACAAAAUAAAACUUGGUGGAUAAAUUAUUUGUAUAUAACAUUAAAAGAAGUAGAAGAUUUUCAGAGUUAUAAUUACAAUUAAAGUAUAUUUUUAUCUUGGAAAAAUUACUGAUUUUUAAAUUAGUGAAUAAUGAUGUAAUUAAACUCUCAAAUAACUUUAUGCUCUUUUUUCAUUCCUGCUAUAUUCAUAUGUGAAAGCAUGUGACCAAUUGUUGCUGCACCAAAGAUAUGAGAGAUUCUUUUAUUAGGUGGGCAUUAUUUAAAACAUUUUUUAUGGAACAGUAAGGAUAUUAAAGUGUAAGAUGCAGCCAGGCAUGGUGGCUCAUGCCUAUAAUCCCAGCACUUUGGGAGGCUGAGGCCGGUGAAUCACCUGAGGUCAGGAGUUUGAGACCACCUGACCAACAUGGUGAAACCCUGUCUUUACUAAAAAUACAAAAAUUUACCAGGCGCCUAUAAUCUCAGCUACUUCAAAGGCUGAAGCAGGAGAAUCACUUGAACCUGGAAAGUGGAGGUCUCAGUGAGCCGAAAUCAUACCAUUGCACUCCAACCUGGGCAACAGAAGUCAAACUCCAUCUCAAAAAAUAAAUAAAUAAAUAAGAUGCAUGAUGAAAAUGUAACUGGAGAGGCUGUUUGUGGUUAACUUAUAAAGGAGUGAUGCAGGAGAUAGGUUUUCAGAGUAAUAUUCUUCUGCAUUAUAGUGACAAAACAAGUUUUUUAUUUUAGUUAAAAUUGGUUAAAUUAGUAGUAAGUCAUUUUAAUUAUUGUAAUUUUAUGUAAUUAAAUGAAGUACAUUUUUAAAUUUUUAGGUUACAUGUAAAUAUAACUUUAAAAAAAUGUGUUAAGACCAUUGUACAUUCAAUGAAGCAUUAUUAUGCUUCUAACUUUAACCUAUUUCACCUUACUCAAGGGUGUAUGUAAAAGAUGGUAACAAUAUACUAUUUGGUAACAUAAUGGACUAACAUUUCUAGUAAUCUAUUUCAC